AUGUCAUUCAAGCAAUUCUGGCUGCUAUUUCUCAUCACUACUUCAAUUAUUUCUAUUGUUCAAUGCUUCCCAAUUCCAUCUCAAAACCCUCCAAAUAGUCCAGAACAAUGCUUGACGAAAGUGAAUAAAAUGAAGAAUAUUCUUCAUGAAAUCAAGUUGGAACAGAAGAGAUUCAGGAAUGUGACCAUUGCAAACAUGGAAUUGUUUUAUGAAAUGUGUAUUGAUGUUACGAACUGCAUAGAUACAAUUGUGAUGCCUGAUUUUUUGAGAGGCCUACUUGGAAUCGGAACGAUGUUUUUGAAAUCAGCAUGUGAUGAGUAUGGAUUUAAUGUGGGACCGUUCAGUAAAUGUAUGGAGAAGACAAAAUUCGACCUCACAACUCUGAAAAACACGACCACUGACCAACAACCCAGACCAAAAUGCGAACUAUCGGAUGACGAGUUCUCAGAGCUUCAGAAGUUUGUACAGAAAGAAUGCGGCGAUGAAGUUUUGAAGGAUAUGAUGAGAAAUGAGGAAAGAGUGAAAUCGAUGCUCUGCUUGGACAAGUGA